CAUUGAGCGACGCCUGGCGUAACACGUAUAUGUUUCCAUUUGACAUAAAUAGUAGCAGUGUUGUUCUGUAUAGGUCUGGUUCAAGUUGAGUUCUGAUCAAUUUCACAUCUUGAGAAAAUAUAAUGUAACAGCGACCCUCACCUACAAUGUUCGUGUGGUGACUGCAGGUGUAUAAGAGACGUCGUCAAAUGGUACCGAAUUUAGAUCAGCUUAUUUUGUGAAAUUUAAAGUCCUUUUCAGACCACUGCAGACUUAAAUGCAAUGAAAAUAUUGAACUAAAACAGUAAUAAUCCACUGUGUUGGGUGUGACUGGUUUCCUUGAGAGAGCAACAGAAUUGGGAUCAACAGGGGUUAAUAACUCAGUUCGUCUUAAUAUUUCAUCCCAGCUCUAAUCUUACUGAAUUUGUUGUCGACUAACAGAGCUACCGAUAACGCCUGCAACACGAAAUCACUUUGUUUACAGAUUUUAACAACUGAUAUUUGUGGCUUUGCUUCAUAACAAUUUAACAGACAUGAGUGACCUUGCAGAGAAUGGUUUAAUAUCAACAAUUCUCCCCGAAGUGUGUUACCCAAGUCUUAAUGCAACAGCAGGACUUGUUUCAACACCUAUGAGCGAAUUUUUGGCAGAUGAGGAAGCAGCAUCAACCCGUCCACUUCUCACCCCAUCACCACCUGCAGAAUUUGACCACCCCCUCUCCAUAACUCCAUCUACUGGAAUGGCUUAUGAGAGACAGAUCAGUCCCACAAGCAUUGAUGAACUGUCCAGCCUGCCAGGUUUGAAUUGUGAUGCUACACUUGGUUUUGUUGGACUGACAGCCACUGACAUGCACCCUAAUGAGCACAACAUUAUUCAUCACAAUGACGAGGUACAACAGGAAUUCAUUCCAACUAGAAGCGUCCAGAGUGUGAUGGAAUCGUCAUCCUCAAGUAGUUCCGUCAUGCAGGAGCCCACCGUGUGCGCACAGCUGCUCAGUUCACAUCACUACCAACAUCUAACCAAAGCUAGUGAUGUAGACCCAUUUGCAUGCCAGGAAAACGGAGGUAAGCCUCCUCUAACAGGACUGCAACUUGCAGUUCGUAAAUCGCCAGAUGACUUCUGCUUUAUGAGCUGGAAUUGGCCAUUGAUUCGUAAAUUCAGCUUCUGGAGUGCUGUUUCUCUGCUGAUGGCAUGUGUGUGCAUCGUUAUCACAUUAAUAGCUCGUCUUCCAACAGACUGCAAGCCGCACCAUGCUUGGUGGCAAGGGACUAUAUUUUAUGAAGUAUUUCCUGCAUCUUUCAAGGAUGAUAAUUCAGAUGGGAUUGGUGAUCUCCGAGGCCUUGGUAAACAGGCAUUUUAUUUUACUUCCUUGGGAGUUAAAGUUGUGCGAUUGAACUCAAUAUUUCAUGCAGAUUAUUAUCCUGAGGGUUAUGAAGACGUUCAGAAUUUGACAGAGAUUUCACCUGUCCUUGGAAAUAUGAAAGAUUUUAAUUUUGCUAUUAACACGUUGCACAAACAUAACAUUUCUGUUGUGCUAGAUUUUCCAUUGAGUCCAUUUAUAGAACAACUGCGCUUAACUGAGAAGGAAGUGCCGGCAGAAACAGACGUUUCUGUUAAAGAAACCAGUUGGCCUGUUCACACGGAUUCAACGACUGAAGAUAAAACGGGGAGGAACAUAAAUGUAGAAGCAUCAAACAGAAUAAACACAAAGCAAAUCCACAACGAUAAUAUUGUUACUAAUGCAAUAAGCUUUUGGUUAACAAAUGGAGUAGAUGGGAUUUAUUUAAAAGGUUUGGAGUGUUUAGUAUCUGAGCCCAACUUUGCAUCACUGAUGCAAGAAUGGAGAAGAAUUACUAAAAGUUUUAACAAAGGAUUUGGUCAUGAGAAGAUUGUAAUGUGUAGUAUGGAUGUUAUAAAUGCACUAGACCCUGAAGAUGAUUCCAGAAAAGUUGAAGCAGUUCUACAAAAUAUAGAUCUCAUCGAUGUUAGACUGGAUAUUGUUAGUAAUGGAACUCGAGGCUUAAAGACUCAAGUGGACAAAGUGGUAAAAGGAAUACUUUUUAGCAAGCCAGGCUAUCCGUGGAUUCACUGGCAUAUGGGUAGCAUCGGUACGAAGCGACUAGCAUCGCAGUUACCCACUGCAAAUGCUAGUCUUGCCGCAGUUGCACUUGAAAUGAUACUUCCUGGCACACCAUCCAUUUUCUAUGGGGAUGAAGUAGGUCUUGAAGAGCUGAAAGAUCCAGAGGGAGAGAUGAAUGACCUAAAGCAUAUUCAUCACUUGUCACCAUUGCAAUGGCCGGCCCAGCAUCCAGAACUUCGAUUCACUCUACCACAUAUUUUGCCGUGGCUUCCUUUAUCUAGCGUCUCAUCAAAUGUUGCAGCUGGGCACGAAACAAUUGUACAGACAAUUUCCAAACUCCGAGAAGAUACACCAUCCAUUUAUAUGGAUGGAGUUUAUAAAGAUAAUGAAAAAUUACCGAACUAUGAAAUCAGAACAGUGGAUAACAACAUCGUGACUGUCGAACGUUCCUACCCUCGCCGCCAUUCAUAUGUGGUUGUGAGUAACUUCGGCAGUCAAACGCAAACAAAGGAUCUCUCUUCUAUUUAUUAUGGAGGUGAAGUUGUGGCUGAUCUGCAAGGGAGAGUUGGACGCUACUUGACUUUCCAUGCUCUGACAUUGUCUGCUGGAGAGUUCAUAAUUAUAAAGUUAGAUAAGUAGGAUUGCAUUGCAUUGCUUGCAUUUGCAUACAUACAGUUUAUUUGAAGCUGUUCUUCAUUUGCUGUGGAUCAUUUACAAUAAAUCCAUAAAUUAUUUCAUUUUAUCUGUCCAUCCUCCAGUUGUUUUCAAUUCACUGGUAUUAGUAAAUAUCACUCCACAAGCAUUUCUGCCAACAGCACUUCGACUGUUUCAGAUGCCAGUAGUAUAUUGAUGACUGUUUCCUUAUGUAUUUAUUUUUAUGCUAAAAUCAAAGGGCAUGUUUGCACAGCCAAUGAAGAAAGCUACGAGGCCAAGAGCAGCCCAAACUGUAGACAUGAAACUGAAAAUUUAUGAUUAUUAAGCUCGAAAAUGGGACGUCAUUACAAAUGUGGAAGCUAAUCUUCGCUGAUACAAGGAAGUCCUUGUUGAAAUGAAGAAAGUUAGAAUCCAACCAACUUUAGAUUCUUUUUUCAAAAAGAUGGAAUUAUUCACAGCCCUCAAAUUCUGCACUUAAAAUUUCUGUAAUAAAAUUAUUAAAAUAUUAAACACUUUUUUAACAUUUAAUUCUAUGCAUAUAUAUAUAUAUAUAAAAUAUGUAUCUACUUAAUAAAUUGUUACUGAACUAG